AUGUCGGACACGCCUAAGCCUAUCGUUGAGUCACCCCCUAGUGUUGAGGCCAUUGAGGACUCGGAGCUCAAGGGCGGUCGAAACGACAUGGGCGUUCAUGACCGAGAGAAUGCUGUUGGUUACAGCGAGUACCUUGAAGCUCGCGACAUUGAGUUCUCAGAUGCUGAGGCAAAGAAAUUGCGAUGGAAACUCGAUCUCGUUAUCCUCCCCAUGUUUCUCAUGACUCAAGCGCUUCAGUUCAUGGAUAAAACCUCUCUCAACUAUGCCAACCUCUUCGGAUAUCAGGACGCUCUUGGCCUCAAAGGCAACCAAUUCAACUACCUUUCUGCAAUGGUCUAUGCUGGUUAUUUCUUUGGCCAAUAUCCUUGCGGAUGGCUCAUUGGUCGCUUCCCUGCGCAAAAGGUCAUGGCUAUCAGCGUCUUCCUGUGGGGUCUCAUGGUCAUCAUCAUGACUCAGAGUCGCGACUAUUCCAGUGCUCUGGCAGUGCGGUUCAUCAUGGGUGUAUUUGAGGCUGCUGUUACGCCUGGGUUGACACUAAUGACUGGUUUCUGGUACACCCGACGAGAGAUCCCACUUCGCCAGUGUAUUUGGUACUCGUCUCUGGGUUGGGGUGGCAUUGUUGGUUCAUACAUCUCCAUGGGAGUCUCCAAGCUUCCCGUCGACCUCAAGCCUGAGCGAUGGGAGCUGAUAUUCUACAUCCUCGGUGGCGCCACUUGUCUUUGGGCUUUUGUCAUCUGGUUCCUCCUCCCCGAUUCGCCUUCCAACGCACGAUUCCUCAACCACCGAGAGCGUCUCAUUGCAGUCAAGAGAGUCGCAUCCAAUGAGACGGGUAUCAAGAAUAAAGCAUUCGAUAAGGAUCAGGUCGUCCUUGGCUUCACUGAUCCCAAGACCCUUCUGCUCUUUACCUCGGUCUUUGCUGCCGCCAUCCCUAAUGGUGUUGUCAACUCCUUCUCGACCAUCAUCAUCCGCGACAUGGGAUUUAGCACCACCAGAACUACUCAGCUAAAGUCCGUUGGAGAUGCUGUCCAGAUCAUCGGCUUGAUCAUUGGUGGAAGCAUCAUUCUCAAUGUUCCCAACUCUCGUCUACUCACUGCUACGGUUGCCAACAUGCUUUGCACAAUCUCUGCUGCUUGCAUGGCCUACCUCCCCCGCGAUAACACUUGGGGCCGACUUGUAUGCUUCUGGCUGGUCAACACCCAGUCUGUUGGCUUCACUGUGUCUCUGACCACCAUUUCCUCCAACAUGGCUGGCUACACUCAUAGAUCUCUUGCUAGUGCUCUGGUCUUUACUGCAUAUUGCUGGGGCAACUUUGCCGGUCCCUUCGUCGUGAAGAAGUCCGAGGCUCCUCACUUCACUGGUGCCACUAUUGGACUUCUAGUAGGCUACGCUAUCAAGUUCUGUUGCCACCUGGGCCUUCUUGUGUAUAUGUAUCUUAUCAACAGACACCGUAACAAGACCUACGGUGCGCCCGAUAAGGAGCGUAGUAACGAGGCUGGUAUGCGGGAUCAGACAGAGUUUGAGAACAAGGAUUUCCGAUAUGUUCUGUAA